AAAUGUCCCUUUCAAACUCGGCAACACGAAGGAGGUGGCUGUAAACUCCUCGGAGAUCCCCAGGCUGGUGCGUUAAACCAGCACAGCUCGGGCUUGGAGAAGCCCCCUCCCGCAGACGGGAGCAGUGGGAAGCCUCCCUGUUGCAAUCCGUUUUUUCCCCACCCCGAGCUGCCUUAUUCCUCUGUGACUCGCCUGAACUUCAGGCUGGAAACUUCUUGGGAGGAUGGCGUUUCUGCCUUUGCUUUUUACGUCGCUCCCAGCAUGCUGGAAACUCUGAAACGGAUUGAAACGAGGAUGAAACGGGCAGCGGGUGGGCAGGUGGCCGAGAGAACAAAAUGCCCAUCUUGAUCUCCAAGAUAUUUAAGGGGCUGGCAGCAGAUCAGACCGAAGCGCUCUACGUGGGGGAUGCCAUCCUCUCUGUCAAUGGGACUGACCUGUCCGAGGCAACACAUGAUGAGGCGGUGCAGGCGUUGAAGAAGACGGGCAAGGAGGUGGUCUUGGAAGUGAAGUACAUGAAGGAGAUCUCCCCUUACUUCAAGAACUCAUCCACAGGAGCCACAGUCAGCUGGGACCCCUCUCCUGCUGCCCCACAGAAGUGCUCGUCCCCCCUCCUGCCCCCUCGGGAGCUCCGGGAGGGCAGGACCGUGCCCUUGAAGAUGUGCUACGUGUCCCGCAAGUGCCUCCCCGCCGACCCGGAGCACAGGUACCUGGAGGUGUGCUCGGCGGACGGGCGCGUUGCCCUCUUCCUGCGGGCGAAGGACGAGGCCACAGCGCAGUCGUGGCUCAGCGCCAUUCAGGCCAACGCGGUCGCACUGCUGCCGAGGGUGAAGGAGGAGCUGCGAGCACAGCUGGGAGGUGCUGGCGCGGUAGCUGGACGGGACAUCAAACACGUAGGCUGGCUGACCGAACAGCUCCCCAGCACCGGUACCAGGAACCUCUUGGCUGUCCUGACGGAGAAGGAGCUGCUGCUCUAUGGCAGUCUGCCCCAGAGCCGUGACGCUGUGGGCAAGCCCACACACAGCUACCCACUCAUUGCCACCAGGCUGGUGCACUCGGGGCCGGCCAAGGGUUCGGCGCUGUACGCGGCGGAGCUGUCGUUCGCACUGCGCAGCGGCACCCGGUUGGGCGUGCAGACCCACCUCUUCAGCCUGGAGAGCCCCCGGGACCUGGCGCUCUGGACCCGCCUGCUGGUGGAUGGCACCCACGGGGCCGCCGAGCUGGCCCAGGAGGUCUCGACAGCCUGCACAUGGAAGGGGCAGGACUGCACCCUCUCCAUCCACAUCGACAAGGGCUUCACCAUCUCCACCACCGAGCCCGGGCUCAGCAAGACCAUCCUGCUCCAGCAGCCCUUUGAGAAGCUGCAGAUGUCCUCAGAUGAUGGCACUAAGAUGCUCUACCUGGACUUUGGUGGCCCAGAGGGAGAGAUUCAAUUGGACCUUCACUCUUGCCCCAAAACUAUCGUCUUCAUCAUCCACUCUUUCCUCUCAGCCAAGUUGACCCGGCUGGGGCUGCUGGCAUGAGGAGGGAGCUGAGAGGGCAGAGGACCCCAAGCCCUGGCCCAUCUAUGCACCUUCCUCUGGGCCAAACCCAGCCCCAAGCCAGCCCAAGGAGAUCUGGAGCCCCUGCCAGCCCAAGGAAAAGCAACAGCCAGCUGGGAAAAACAACUCCUUGGACUUUUGGGUUGAAUCCCUCCUGGACGGCAGCACCGGGACUUCUCCAGUCCCUUCUUCCCCUCCUUCAUCCUGCUCUGAUGCUCUGCAGCAGCUGGAGAAGCCGGUUUGGAACCCGCCGUGUGUGGUUGUCACCCCAGUGCCUUGUGAGAUGAUAUUUUCUGUACCAAGAACCCAUUUGUACCCAUGUUUUAUAUUUAUAUCGUCCAGCUCAAAGCGCUAACAUGGCACCUCUCGCUCACCUGCCUUGGACCCCUUGGAGCAUUCCCAGGUCCUUGCAGCACAAGAACCCAGACAGACAACCAGAGGGCUGGAGACCGGAGCACUGGAGAGAUGGAAGCUGCAGAUCAGAUCUAUUUGCCAAAUUUUUCCAUAUUGUGCCCAGGGACGGGAGCCACUUUUCUUUGUUGGAGUUGGAUGGUUCAUUUUAUUUUGCUGACUCCUGGGUCACUUUAUUUCUCAGCUGAGGGUUGAAGGUUGUUCAGGCAGCUGCUGGGAAACAGCUUCUUUUAUGAACCAAAAGAUUCUGCAUGAAAUUUUUUUUUUUUUUUUUUUUUUUUUUUUUUUUUUUGGUGAAGUAAAAGAUCUGUAUGUGGGUUGAUACCAGGGCUGUGCCUCAGGGUGUUUGCUAGCAGGGGAAGGAGAGGUUUCACUGUGGGACAUUGCUGUGAGCUGGAGGUAGGGGUGUUUGGAACCCUGGGGGGGUCAGAUGGGGGCAAAAAGUCUUUUGAGCUGCCUGAUGCUGUGCUGGGUGUGCAGAGGGAGGCAGGUUGAUCCUUGCACAGCUAGGAGAUAGCAGGUGGGGUUGAAUAACCUUCUCUUCCUGUGCUGGGAUGCUCAGUGUAGGGUGGGUGUCAUUUCCAAAUUCAGAAAAAGUUGCAGGGAGAGCUGGCAGCUCUGGGGAGGUUUUCUCAGGGCACUUGGACAUUGCUGGGCAUCCUCUGUAGCUCACCUGCAGCAUCUCCUCACUUCUGGAGAGAGAAAAGGCUUUUUCAGUGCUAACAGGGAUUCACUCAGGGUGGCAGGGAUUGAGGUUAACCUGGGAAGGACUCGAUCAAUCCUGGCUGUGUCACAAGCCCAGUCACCAUCCCCAUGCCACCAGAGCUACCCUGGCUGCCUAACUGCUCCAGCAAGGGCAUCACGAGAAGGAAACAAUGUCCACAGCCCAGCCAGGCAGCUACUUAAACUUUUUCUGAAUUUGGAAACAUGCAAGAAGGGCAGCAUAGUGCGUGUGGUUUGGGCAGGGAGGGAAGCACAGGAACAGCUUCUUUGGUGUAAAGGAUAUUUUCUACAUGCAAGAACUCAGCUGAUGAGCUCUGUGGGACAGGGUGCUGGAGAGAAGGGGGCUUGAGCCCAUGCAAGUACAGCCUGUGCCUCUGUGCAGAACCUCAUGCCUGACAGCAGUCAUCUUGUCUGAUUCACAAGCCCCUAUUUUUAUUGCACUGAACUGUCAGAUUUCCAAGAGACUUUGCAAAAUGGAUUUGCCAAAGAAAAAAAAACAACAAACCACCACCCUUCCCCCUCCCUGUUACUACCUGUUAAAUCAAUACAACAAGUAAUUUAGAAACA